AUGGAAAGGUCGCCAUUUGCUCUAGGAGGAUUGCGUCUUCUUAAUGGAACCGCCUUGAUGAGCGAAGAAGGCCAACAAUGGAUUGAGUCUCAGGCGUGUACUAGAAUGGCGCCUGAUGUCUUACGCGCAUUUCGGCUACCAUGGCAAAACACCGGUGGACUUUCAGUUCAAAACCUGCCAUCUUUGCAUACCGUGUUCGAGCUGCCUCCUCGGUCCUUGAUUGAGAACUUAGUUUCCGUUUAUUGCUCUUCUUUCCAAUGCCUAGCAUUUCCUGUUAUCAGCAGAUCACUUUUGGCCAAAACAUUGAAUUUGGCAUACGGGCAACGCGGCAUUCACGGAUUUGUUAGCGCUAGGACAUGCACCUAUGCUUUCCUUGCACUAGUGAGACUGUUCGGCUUUGAUGAUGGGGUAACAGAAGAAAUACCUUCGCUGCAGUAUGCCAAUGAAGCUGAAAGGCUUUUACCAAUCGUAAUACAAGAAAUGACAAGCGAUGGACUGCAGACACUGAAUCCUACGGGCAUUUCAGCUGCCGAGGACCUAAAACUUCUUGGCAACUUCCCCGGAAUGCUUCGGAAAAUCCCGAUUCGCAGACUGACUCUGGCCGAAAUGGUGCAACUGGAAUUUCUUGAUAAGUUUACAACCGAGCUUGCGAGAUUAGGGCGAUGCACUUUUGAGAAGGCCCAACUCGACACAAGACAGACAGUCUCUCGGUAG